AUGGCACAGAUCAACAACCUUGUAAUUGGGUUCACAGAGGAGGAUGCCCAAUGUCUCCACCACCCACACGAUAAUGCGCUUGUAGUUAGCAUAUGGGUGGAGGACUAUAAUACUCAUCGAGUCCUUGUAGACAAUGAGAGCUCCAUUGAUAUCCUCUACUACCCAGCGUUCCAUGAUUACCCUCAACAAAUUACCAAGGAUGUCACAUUCUUGGUUGUUGACUGUUCGUCCGCUUACAAUACCAUCCUAGGCCGUCCUACCCUUAAUUUGUGGAAGGAUGUAACUUUAACCUACCACCUGAUCAUCAAGUUCCCCAUCGAUUAUGGAGUAAGAGAGGUGCGAAGAGACCAAAUGGUUGCACGCGAGUGCUACAUAGCCAUGCUGAAGAUGGACGAUCAUUUACAAACCAUGAGUAUAGAAGGAAAACGAACAAGAGCAGAGCCUGUUAAGGGGUUAGAGGAGAUACUCCUCCAUGACUCCAGACCUAAACGAUCUACCAAGAUCAGCACCCUUGCCAGCCAGCUAGUCCAUCAAGCACUUAUGACAUUCCUGAAGGAGAACCAGGAUGUCUUUGCCUGGAGCCACAAAGACAUGCCCGGGAUUAACCCCUUAGUCAUGGUUCACAAGUUGAACGUAUCACCCUCUUUUCCCCCCAUCCGGCAAAAGAAGAGAAUAUUCGCCCAGCAGCGAGACAAGGCUAUAGUAGAAGAGGUGCGAAAAUUACAAAAGGCAGAGUUCAUACGAGAAGUAUACUAUCUUGAUUGGCUGGCCAACGUGGUGAUGGUCAAAAAGGCCAACGGUAAGUGGAGGAUGUGCAUAAAUUUCACGGACCUGAACAAGGCAUACCCCAAGGACAGUUACCCACUUUCGUGGAUCGACAUCUUGGUGGAUUCGACACCAAGACACUAG